UGGCUCAGUGAUCUGGUUCCCCCCUCCCAGAGCAGCCUGUCCAUCCAGAGUGGAGACGUCUGGUGAGGAGCAGGGACCUCAGCUCCCGAGCCAAGAGCCCAAAUCUGGAGCCCCCAGCAAUGACCGGGAAAGAUGCUUCUCCUGCCCCGGACCCAGCUCCAGAAGGUCCAAAGAAGGAGACAGCACCCAGUCCAGGGGAAGAACCAGCACCAGCUCCAGGUGCUGAAGAAGCCCCGAGUGCUGAGCAGCCCCCAGCAUCAGAGCAGCCCCCAGCCCCCACAGAUGAGUCCUCUCCAGCCCCCACAGCAGAAGAGACCCCAACCCCUGCAGAGGGUCCUCCAGCUCCUGAACCAGAACCUGAGAAACCCAAGGCAGAGCCCCCCAGCUCCCCCCUGUCCCUGGCUGUGGAAGAAGUGAGUGAGAACUCAGUGAAGCUGAUCUGGAAACCCCCUGAGCAGACAGGCCGGGCAGUCCUGGAUGGAUACGUGGUGGAAAUCUGCAAAGAUGGAAGUACAGACUGGAAAGCUGUGAAUGAGGAACCUUUCCUUUCCACCCGUUACACCAUCAAGGACCUCAGCCCUGGUGAGAAGAUCCAUGUCCGGGUGAAAGCUGUCUCUGCCCAUGGUGCCAGUGUCCCCACCACCCUGGAGCAGCCCGUCCUCAUCCAAGAGAUCCUCCAGCUGCCCAAGAUCCGCAUGCCCCGGCACCUGCGGCAGACGUAUUUCAGGCACGUUGGGGAUGCUGUGAACAUCAUGAUCCCUUUCCUGGGAAAACCCCAGCCAGAGGUGAUCUGGACCAAGAAUGGCCAACCCCUGAACACCAGCCGUGUCAACACCAGGAACUCCCAGAAGGACACCAUCUUCUUCAUCCGUGAGGCUCAGCGUGGGGACUCAGGGAAGUACGAGCUGUCUGUGAGGAUAAAUGGAGCAGAGGACAAGGCAAUCCUGGACAUCCAGGUCAUUGAGCCUCCGGGGCCCCCCCAGAACCUGAAACUGGUGGAUGUAUGGGCCUUUAAUGUGGCCCUGGAGUGGUCCCCCCCAGCAGACAACGGGAACUCUGAUAUCAAGGGCUACCUGGUGCAGAAGUCAGACAAGAAGAGUGGGAAAUGGUUCACAGUGCUGGAUCGCUGCACCCGCACCAGCUGCACCAUCUCCGACCUCAUCAUCGGGAACUCCUACACCUUCCGCGUCUUCGCCGAGAACAGCUGCGGGAUGAGCGAGCAGGCGGCGGUCAGCGGGGUGGCAGAGAUCAAGAAGCCAAAAAUUUCCUACCAGGUAGAGAAGCUCACUCAACGUGAGCUGAUGGAGCCUCCGAAGUUCACCCAGCCCUUGACGGACCGCAGCACCACCCGGGGGUACAGCACUCACCUCAUCUGCUGUGUCCGGGGCUUCCCCCAGCCCAAGAUCAUCUGGCUGAAAAACCAGGUAGAGAUUCGGGAAGACCCCAAAUACAUUGCAUUGAUCGAGCAGGGAAUCUGCUCCCUGGAAAUCCGCAAGCCCGGCCCUUUCGAUGGGGGCGUCUACACCUGCAAAGCUGUCAACCCCCUGGGGGAAGCUUCAGUAAACUGCAGACUUGAUGUGAAAGUGCCCCAGGAGAAAUCAGAAAGGUGAAGAAGAAGAGCAAGGUGGAUGCUGCAGCUGCUGGGCAGGAGUGUGGCACAUGGUGAUGCUCCUGGCCAUGGCCUCUGCUGCCUGCUGAGCUGUCCCCUCCCUGGCAGGGCUCUGGGAGGGGAACCUGCACCUCAGCUGCCAUGCCAUGGGCCUCUCUGAACCUGUCCUUAGCUGUGACAAUAAAACAAGCCCAUCUGUGGGGCUUUGGUCCUAAUAAAACAAUCCCAAACCCUCC